AUGCCAAUGCGGUGCCAUCUGUUCAUCCAGACUCUCACAGGGGCUGCUCGCGCCUGGUUCGACAGCCUUCCAUCUGGAAAAAUCAAAUCAUGGGUCGACUUCAGAACCCAAUUUGUAAGCCAUUUCAGCCAGCAAAGACAUUAUCAGCGCGAUACGUCUGAAGUAACAGACAUCUGGCGCAGAGACAAUGAGGGGUUAGAAGAUUUUAUCACUCGCUUCAACAAGGAGUGUUUAGAAAUUGGAGACCUUAACGAGCAGUUGAUGUGCGCUCACUUCAAGAAAGCCAUACGGUGUGAUAGUCUAAUCAGGACUAUCACAGGAAAGGACGGUAUGCCCAAAGAAUGGGACAAACUCAUGGCAGCUACAAAGAUUGUAACGCAGACUGAAGAAUCAUUGGCCGAUGCCAAAAGCUCUGAAACUAAAGAUCGUUUUUCGAAAGCAAGUUCGCGCGACAACAACAGGCGAAACAGAAACAGGAACCCUGGCUGGAAGUCAGGCCAGUCCAGCGGUUAUGAAGAGCGACCUCGCUUUAGAGAAGACGUACGAGUUACAAUCGACCGCAUUGGCUAUCGUAAAGCAGUGACAAACAAGAAAGGCCAAGACCCGAACCUAUACUGUGAUUUUCACAAGGAUACAGGUCAUUUGACGGAUGACUGUAUCAGUCUUAGGCAAGAGAUUAAGAAGGCGUUGAAAAGCGGGAAAUUAAGCCAUCUGGUAAAGAAUAUGCGCAAGGAGACGCGCCAGAUUCAGAAGAAUGAUGAUGGAAACUAA